GAAACUGUUAUCUUUCUGUAAACGGACGUCAUGUCAUGUGAACUGGUGCGCAUGCCGCCUGUCACAACGAUGCGCAGCGGUGGAACCAGAAGCUGUCUGCGUCGGAGAGGAGUGGAUUGACACUGGUAGCGCAGAGUCGACGAUCCGCUGCAUCCCGAUCCUGACGUGGACGCACAACAGCAACAAACCCAUCAGUAUGUAAACGAUACACACUUGUAAUGGAGCAUCGUCUCCCCGCUGCACAGUAUUAACCUGCUGGACAAUGCGGACGGUGAUGCGGCGAGCAGUGGGUGUGCGCUCCUGAAGACCCGCCGCGAGUCAACAGAGAAGAGCAGCUUCACCCAGCAUCUCCACCCACCGCGGAUAAUGUGUUUUUACUCCCUGCCGUUCUCCAUCCUCUCCAGGUUAAAGCCGACGGAAUCGACCGAAAGGACCAUGAUCCAUUAAAUACAUGUAUCCCCCCCUGCAGCAGCAUCAAGAACCAGGAGAUCCAAGAUGAAAUUUCCGAUUGAGAAUCCAAGAAAGCUCGGGAGCAUGAACCCUCCACCAGUGGAAGUCCAGACCAACCUGGUCCCCCCAAAGAAGGUGCACGCAGGCAUGCUUCAGUGCAGCCUGGUGCAUGCCAGUGUGGCCACCAUGCAGAACCCGAUGGGCUGCGCUCUGCCGCGGCUCUCUGUCGCCCCCCGCCCCCCCAGCGUGGUGGCCAACAUGGAGGGGGUGGUGGACGGUUCAGCCACCUUCACCAUGAUGAAGCUGAAGACGGUGCUGGCAGUGUUCGUGGUGGUGGUUGCGUACCUGGUGGUGGGGGGCUUGGUGUUCCGGGCGCUGGAGCAGCCCUUCGAAAACAACCAGAAGAUCACCAUCACAGCAGAGAAGGCCGCCUUCCUGCUGAAACACCAGUGCGUGUCCCCGGACGAGCUGGAGGCGCUCAUCAAG